CGGAAUGCUCUGCGAUUCACCACCGCGACUCUCAUCACACACAUCGCGAUGAUGAUGUGUGGCUGUUGUGUGUGUGUGUGUGUGAUUGUCCAGUGUGACAUCACGAAAGCACCACAGCAGACACGCCACAGCACCAGGGUGUGGUUAUGCAACACGUUCGCGUAACUCAGCACGCACACCACGCAGCAGGCAGGGCUUUUGCCCCCUGUGUGCAUUUUCAACAGUGCAGUCACAGGUACACGCCGACCCACCCACCUACACGACACACACACACGCACGCCAUGGGAGGAAGUGCGCUGAAGGAGGUGGAGACACGCAGGCGUGGGCGAAAGGAGUACGGGCGCAUCAAGGAGCAUGUGCUGAGCCGAGUGAAGCCACACGUACAGGAUGCCCGCGUGGUGCGCGAGCUGCCAGAGAAGGAGUCCUUUGGCGACCUCGACGUGCUGCUUGUGCCCCGCAUGGAGGACCGCCCGCACAGCACCCGGGCGUGGCGCGACCUGAUCCGCCGUGUGUUUGCGCCGCAGGAGGUUGUCUCCAACGGCUACGUGCACUCGUUUGACGUGGACGCGUUCCAGAUUGACUUUAUUGUGAUGGAGAGCGAGGCCGCGCUGGAGAUGGCCGACUUCUACUUUGCGUACGCGGACGUGGGCGGGCUGCUGGGCCGCAUCAUGGCCGCCAACGGGCUCAAGUACGGCCACGCAGGCCUGUGGCUCGACCUCCUCCACUGCACCGUCGACACGGCUGCGCCCCUCGACAUGACGCACCGCCUCGGCCGCAUCACGCUCACUCAGGACCCGCGCGCUGUCUGCGAGUUCCUGGGCAUGAGCCACGACGCCUUCCAGCACGGCUUUGCCACCAACGCAGACAUCAUCGCCUGGGUCAAGACAUGCCGCUUCUUCAACCCAGCAGACUUUGCCACCCUCAACCACCGCCACCGCCACCGCGCACGCACCCGUCCAUUCUACCUCGCAUUCAUCCAGUCCCUUCACAGCAACUUCGAGGACGUGCAGGAGGGCGAGGAGGAGGUGGAAGAGACGGAGAAGGUGGAAGAAGAGGGGGAGCGCAUGGUUGAGGAGGGCGUGAAGGACAAGCGUGUGCGCGAGGAAGAGAAGGACAAGAGCGCCUGUGAUGCAGGGGUGAUGUACAUGCGGCAGUGUGUGAGCGCCAAGGCAAGCGAGGUGACGGUGAACCGCCAGCAUGAGGCCAUUGCGUACUUUGGCAAGCAAGCGGAGGUGGACGCCAUCGUGCAGCAGCGGCACCGACGCGUUGCGCUCAAGGCCAAGUUUUCGGGCAAGCUGUUUGCGCAGCAAGGCGUGCCCAGGCGGGAGAUUGGGCGCAUCAUCACCGCUUUCCAGCGCCACAUCGUCAAGAAGGAGCGGCUACUCGCAGUGCGGGAGGAUGGCGUCAACAACGGUGGCGGUGGUGGUGGUGGUGGUGGUGGUGGUGGUGGUGGUGAUGGAAACGCUGGGGAAGAGGAUGCUGAGCAAGUUCAGAGGGUGUUUGAGGAGUUUGUGUUGGGGUGUGAACGCGAGGAGCAGAGCGCUGGCGCCGUCAUGCACCAGCCGCCACCAGAGGAUAUGGUGGAGGAGGUGGAGGAGCUUAUGGCAGCGACCAAGCUAACGGAGGAAGGGCAGCAGCUGCUUCGCGCCAUCGCCAACAACAAAUGCAGCGAAUAUGUGGAUCUCAGCAGCAGGAGCUUCGGAGAUGAUGAAGCCCGCGCAAUCGCUGUUGCUCUCCGCCGCAAUACCCGCCUCAAGGCGUUGAGUUUGAGCGACAAUUCCAUUGGCCCUGGCGGUGCUGCUUCGUUUGCACAUGGCCUGAGGGACAACACAGUGCUGACAGAGUUGCGUUUCAUCAACAAUUCCUUUGGAAAUCAAGGCGCAGCGUCCAUGGCAGAGCUGUUGAUGGACAACCAUGUCAUCACCAAACUCUCGCUUCGCAACAACUCCAUUGGACCCGAAGGGGCAAAGGCGCUGGCCGAAAUGCUGCGCCACAACACGACACUGCGAACGCUGUUCCUGUCAGAUAACUUCAUUGGCCCGGGUGGAGCAGAGGCUCUGGCCACGAUACUGAGCGAAAACGACUCAUUGACAACACUCCAUCUGAGUGGAAACAGCAUCGGCAACGACGGCGCAGCUGCCUUGGCCGGCGGUCUCAGAAGCAACACGGGCCUACACAAGCUCGACCUUUACCUCAACGACAUUGGGCCAAAAGGCGCGGUCGCUUUGGCUGCUGUCCUGGCUCACAACCAGGAUUUGGAAUAUCUCAGGCUGCUCUCGACGCGCUCGUCCGUGCACAUUGCACCACUCGACUUGGCUGACCCGGACCAAGUCGACAUGACCAGAGAGGACCGCGAAAUUAGCGGGCACUGGUUCCUCUUACGCCAGGCUGGCGGCUCUACCGCUGCGCAACGAAACCUUCUGCAGCCGUUUGGCCACCGUAUUCACGCUGUUGCCAUCACGUGGUGCGACCAAAAGCUGAUGGCGUUCAAUGGGGCCCUCCACCUCAACAAAGUGCGCUUUCGCGGCCAUUUGACAAGCACCAACCAUCCGUUCUCGCCAACCUAUCCGCACGACACCAUCAGCGGCGAGGCCACGGACCCGGAGGACAAGGCUGUGCUUGAGUAUGCGACGUGGCCGCACCUCUACUGCAUGCUGGCGCCGGCGCUGUUGCUGGAUGACCCACCCAUUCGCAUUCAGCGCGUGUUCCAUGGCGUAACGUGCCUUGAUGCUGUGCUCGGGGUGUUGGGCGGGGACAUCUCGCAGUUGCAUCAGCCCACCAACAAGCCGUGGUUUGGGACUGGGUUCUACUUCACCCCAGACCUCGAUUACGCUCUCGGCUUCACUAAGGAAUGCAAGCUUGAACAUGGGCAGCACAUGCCACCUGAUCUGCGGUGUCUUCAAAUGGAGCCGGGCAAGUCGUACCGAAUCGUGUUGGCAUGCGACGUGCAAUACGGCAACCCGUUUCCGGUCAGACGCGAGCUGCAACAAAGUGAUGCCUCGCCUGCACUGCUUACACCCGGUCACGACGCGCGCGUGACAGUCGUUGACUUUGCCAGCGGCGACAUCCAUCAGGCACAAAUCCUCAAGUCCCACAAGCAGUGGAACGAAGCUGCCAGGGUGCCCGUGAUUGACCUUGCCAUUGAGGAUCCGUCUUGUGUGCUUGUUCGUGCAAUCCUUGUGUUUGCUUCUUAG